CUUUAGCCGGCUCUCAAGAUCUCAGAGUCUCGAAGCUCGGGGGACGAUAACCACCUGCGUUGUCCAGGAGCGCGUAGGGGGGGACUCAUCAAGUGCUCUUUUCUCAGGGGCUCCAUCUCAACGACAGCUGUAUGCCACGUCAUGCUGCGCGGACUCAGCCUCGAUGUGCUUCUUCAAGUCAUCCGGGUUUCGCCACUUAGGGACGCGCUCGCAGUGAUUUCCACAUGUCGCACCCUCCGAUGCGAAGGUUCUAAGACCUUACUCCUGGAGAACGAGAUCAGGAUUGACACAGGCGGACAGCUCGCUUCCUUCUUGACGUUCCUCAACAACGAGGAACUUCCCCGCUUCAGGUACUUGCGCGCGUUGUAUCUGAACGUAUUCACCUUUCCUCCUACCGUUACAGAGGACCUCACCGAGGCGUUUCCCCACAUGACGCAGUUGGAAACCCUCACACUGAUCGGGGCGGAGCUCCUCUACGUGUAUCAUCCGGAAGUAGCUUCCGCGCUCGCUGCGCUCACGUCCAUCCGACACCUUCGCGUAGUUUACGCAGGCGAUCGGGCUUGUAUUAUGCUAAAAGCGUUCAAGUCUCGUCUCGUCUCUGCAUCGCUCGUUUCUGACUGUCAUCGAUACUCGUCCUGGGACACGUAUCAUCCUCUCCACCUCGUGGCUGGUUCCGCGGACACCCUCGAGGACCUCACAACCAAAUUAUGAAGCGAUUCCCCCGGGCUCUCUGGUGCACAGUACGCCAUCCAUCCUACGCAUCCCUCCCUACGGCGCCUCUGCAUGGUCGAGAAUUGUACACCUUUCCUCAGGCCGUACUUUGUUUGCGCACCGAACCUCUCCUAUAUCUCGUUCGAAUCCAAGCGCUUUGAAUUCAGCGAAGGAGACCCGGUCGGGCGUGCCGAGACCCUAGGAGAAUACCACCACCUCUGCCCGCUGAGAAGUCCCCGCGAUUGACACGGCCCGGGCCCGGACUCGCUCGCACGACUCCUGCAGUCCCCUCGGCGAGUGCUCGUUAUCCAUCCCCACCGCCAGACGCACUCCCCCGAUCCACCCUCACAUGGCUUCCACACAUACCCUCGACUUCGACUACGACAUUCUUGUCGAACUCCUCUCAC